AUGGAGCACAGCGAGGAAGACCGUCAGGAAGAGGCCAGGUCGCCGCCUCUCAAUGUAAGGCAGGGGCUGGGCGAACAGGCAGCAGAAGAGCACGAAGAACAGAGAGAGGGAGAGGGGGCAGCCCAAGAGGGUGGGGUUGGCGCAGCCAUGCACUCACAGGUCAACCUUGCCGAAGCAUUGUUCCCAACAUCGGACCCGACUUACGGUGGUUCGCAACGCAUGGAGCUGAUGGCUGAGGAGGCAAUGUUCCAGGUGCAAGUUCCGCCACAUCUGGUUCCGACCCAAGGCCCAGUCGACAACCCCCCCCCCCAGCUACCAGUAGAUGAGGACGAGCCGAUCCUGCCCACAGGACGACUACCAGAACCGCCUGAGGGAUACGACCCUACGAAGGCGUUCGAGGGCAAGGGCAAGGGCAAGGGCAAAAAGCGCAAAAAGGAGCUGGACGUGUGGGAUGCUGUCAAGAAGGAGGAGAAUCGCCGUCUGACGGUAGACGUCGAUCAGGAGAACAUCAUCCCCCCUUUGAUCCGCAAUGAUCUUGGAGCGAUCGACAUCCCCCUGGCAAUGCUGCUCCCAGCAUCAGAUCUGCCCCCUCAUAUCCCCCCUAACGAUCCCAACGGCGACCCGGUUCAGCUGUCAGAGCGCGAGCCCACGCAGGAAGCCAUCACCAACCAGAUGAACGUCUACAACCUGAGGGGGUACGAUCCGGGGAAGGGGUACUUCCUUGGCGUCAACAGGGUGUUCGGCAAGAGGGUCCGAAGGAUCACGGAAGAGGACAGGAACGGAAUGGACCCGGCACUGAGAGCGGACUUGGAGAAAUGGGAGGCGGAGAUUCUGCGCGGGGCAGUCCUGAAGGACGUCAAGUGCUGCUGGGUGCAGCGGAACGUGCUGGGGUACUACGUGUUCCUCAUCGACGGCAACACCAGGUGCCUGGGCUGGAAGCUGGCCAUUCGCCUCAACACGACGCCGUUCAAGAAGGUGCCGAGAGUGCACCUGAAGCUGGCGGAGGUGACGCUGGAGGACUGUCGAACGCUGGUGCUGCUGUCUGAAGAGAUCAACGAGUCAGAGACGCACGCGCAGAUGCCAACCAACAUGCUGCAGAAGCUGCACCUGCUGCACACAAAGAGGAAGAUGACGGCAAAGGAAGUGGCAGUCAAAGUGCGCCCCUCGACUGUCAAGUACCUCAAGCAGGAGCUCAACAUCGACGCCCGGACAACAAAGAAGAACGAGGCGACGGGCCACAACGUCCUGGUCUACUGCUUCCUGGAGGACCAGAUGCUGCUGAAGCGGUUGUGCAAUCUGGCAAACGGGGUGGAUCAGAACGGGAAGGACCUUGGGAGGAACUGGACGAAAGCGGAAAAGGACGCGGUGGUGAAACACGAGAAGAGCAAGAUGCAGAAGAUGCUGGGGGCAGCGGGCUUCAACAAGGUGGACUCGAAAGGGUUCCCGUACUGGGAAGACUACCUGCGCAGGAUGAACAACAUGAAGCACCUGACCGUGGAGUUUGCCAAUGCGGAAAUUUUGACGGUCCAGAAGGAGCUCGGGCUGUCGGCGAAAGGGGACAUAGAGAUUUUCGAGAUUUACCUUGCGGGGGAGGAGAAGCUCGAGAGGAUGGCGCUGACUCUCAAGAAGGACACGCUGGAGCCGAUGAUGGUGGCGUGGAAGGUGCUGCUGCUCGGGGCUGAGUAUGCGGUAGACUGGCUGCAAGAGGUGGGGUGGGUGGAGGCGCAGAAAGAGGGGGAGAAGAGGCAGCCAAUGGAGUUCCCGGGGUGGAAGGGGUCAGCGCGCCAGAAGUACUUCAAGGACGCCAUCCCCUUCUGGGUCUGGGUGAAGGCACUGCUGUGGGGUGACUACGAGCACCUCAUCGAGAGGCCGUUCGUGUGGAUGUUCCUGACGACGGGGAUCAACAUCCGCAGCCGCAUGAACGAGGACCUGAAGAAGGGGAAGCCCGCGAGCUGCCUGGAGGGUGUGAAGAAGCGCAUCCUGCUCAUGUACUUCCGCAGCGUCGCUCCCGACAAGAUCGAAGACAUUCGGUCCCCCACUGGCGAAGAGGUCCUCACCAUGAACCAGCUGGCUGACAUCGGGUACAAGGGUCUGUACCAGCCGUUUAUCCCGUACGCUGAGAAGUGGGCCGGGAUAACGGUUGAUGAGAACGGAGAGAAGGGCUUGACCGUUGAGGACCAGGAGUACUUCCUGAAGUUCGAGACAGAGGCCCUGUUCGAGGGGGAGAGGAAGGGGAAGAAGAAGUGGCCGGACAAGGGAGAAGACAGCCGAGAUCUGUUCGGGGGCAAGCCGAUGCCUUUGGGGGUCGCCUGCGCCUUAGGCGUCCGUACGGACAGCGACUUCGCAGGAUCCGCGCCCCGGUCGAUCCCUGCGCUCUGGAAGAAGGAGAUCAAUGCGCCGGCGCCAGGGUCGGGCAAGCUGAGGCUGGUGACGCUCAGUGACAUUGCAAAGAAGCUGACGGUGGGGAAGGCGGGGGUAGAGGUGGAAGGAGAGUCGGGGGGGGAAGAGGGAGAGAAGGAGGGGGGAGAGAAAGGAAAAGAGGGAGAGGGGGGGGUGAAGGAGAAGGAGGCGGAGCCGGAGAAGGAGCCGGAGUUGGAGGUGAAGACGCUUGAGCGUGGGGAGGGAAAAGUGGUGUUCUUGAAGUUCUUCGGGAAGGGGGUAGAGGUGGUGCCGGAAGUCGAGGAUGUGACAGACUCGAUUGGGUUCCUGCUGGAUCUGGGGGAGAGCGUGAAGAAGUUCGAUGGAGAAGAAGGGGGAGUGGAUGCGGCGGUGUUCUUCGCGAAGCCGUCGCUGCAGAAGGUGGAAGACAGAAACCGGAU